AUGGGGAAAAUUCGUGGCCAGGAGGCCAACUCAGUCUCUCGCAGCGGGUUUUGGGACCGGAUGAAAGCAAAAGUCAGGCGUCAACCUAUUGCCUCUGCGAUCACCUCAGACAGCCUGAGUGCAACUUCGUCUAAUCUUCAUGCAGCUAAUUCUACUUUAUCAAACUCGCCGUCAGUUACUACGCACGCCGUUGAUGAGCUUCCGCAGCCCUCAACUGCAACAGGCUCCUCGGAUCCCAGCCCCGAAAAUAGUGAUCCUGCCCUAUCGCUUGCGGCGAGCACAAGUCACGAGUCUUCGUCCGAUUGUUUAUCUAAUUCCCCAAAAGGGAGCAGCUUAUGGGAGAAAGCCUAUAAUGCUGCGACUCCGAAGACGAAGAAAUGGAUCGACGGGUUUCCGAAGCCAAAUGGCAUAUUGAAGUCAGCCGAGAGUGCACAAACGGAGGAGCUCGUUGAAAUUGUUCGAGAAAUAGAAAAAAGACAUCAAGAUCAUGCUCUUCAAAUUCGAGUAGGGGAGAAACAAAUCCUUUGGAAAGACUACGCGCCUCGAGUUAUAUCUUUCAUCAAGGCAAUUGGGGACAUUGCCAUUCAGUUCGCUCCUACUUCUUCAGGAAUCGUUUGGCCCGCAUUGAAGACAGUUCUGCAGGUGUCCAUCGCGCCGGGCGAGGAAUUUGCCGCUAUUCCAGGAUGUUCCGAAAAGGUUUUAAGCAUCGUAAGACGUGGAAAGGUGUAUGAGACUAUAUAUCUGGAUAGUGCCAACACUUUCGUUCCAGUACAGGAGGAUUUGGAGCGCUCGCUUGUUGACGUUUAUGCAAAAUCACUAGACUUGCUUGCCCAUGUGGGACAGCGCCUCGCAAAAGGAUAUCGGCAUAUACUUCUUGCGAUCGUCAACCCUGGAGCGGCCGAAGGUCCAAUGGAUAGCUUAAUCAAGUGCGAGAACCUUCUAAUCACGGCAGCUCAGGCCUGUGAGGUCGUGCGGAGAGCCGACGCGGACGAGCAUUUGGACAUCAUGUUGAACAGCCUCAACGAGCCAUUGACGCGAAUCAAUGACAGAGUGUGUGAUCUUCUUGAAGAGGCUAAAGAGACUGAAAUUAUGGAAGCCCUGGAAUAUUUCAGUCGUAUCAACUUCGGAGAUCAACAUCGCAUAAGGGCCGAAUUGAGAACCCCGGGAACAGGAGAAUGGUUAUUACAACACAGAAAAUUCCAAGAAUGGGAGCAAGUCCCAGCGUCAACAAUAUUGUGGCUCCAAGGUACCGUUGGUAUGGGGAAAUCCUUCCUUGCGUCCAAAGUUAUAGAUCGAUUUCGUCUCAAAGCUGGCGUGAGCUGUCACCACGAGUCUCAAAAUGACCAAGGGCUUGCCUUUUUCUAUUGUAGCAGAGGCCAAACUGAUCUUCAAGACCCCCUUUCGACACUUCAAAGCUUUGUUCGCCAGCUAUCUACUUCUCCACGGCAUUCGAAUAUGAUGAAGAAAAGUCUCAUCAAGCUAUACCGUGAAUACAAAAAGAAUGGCUUAAAACUGGGAUUUGAUGCUUGUAAAGAGCAACUGCUAGAAUCGGUGAACCUAUACCCUCAAACUAUCAUUAUUUUAGACGGUUUGGACGAGUGCGAUGCAGAAUCAAGGGGUAAACUUAUCACCAUUCUGGCCAAUCUCGCCAAGGAUGCUCGGCAUCCUGUGAAGAUUUUCAUUUCCAGUCGACGGGAACAGGAUAUCGUGAAACAACUCCCAGCGAGAUCAAUCAUCGAGAUUGAUGCUAAUGAUAAUCGAGAUGAUAUGAGAAAUUCAUUGAGAAAAAGAUGGAGGAGAUGGAAGAGAGAGGGCUAUGGGAAUCCAUCCCAAAAGAGCUAA